AAUACUAUUAUUGAUAAUAUUAAUAAUGCUAGUUAUGGUGUAGUACCUACCUGUUUACAGGUUGCUGAUAGAGCGCUGCAACUGAUAGUUUAUUAUGUUUUACUUCAAUAUCAGUAUUCGUACUACUGCUCUCACUGUUUCAUUGGGAAAGUCGGGGAUUUAGGGAUGGAGGCCUAAGGAUGUAAAAAGGAUAGAGUUUUACUUUUAGAUUGUAGGUUGAGGUGCGAGGUAUAGUGUCAAGGGGUGUUGUGAACAUGGCCAGAGAGCAAGAUUGUCAGUGUUGAAAUAUGGUCCCUCCUUGCUAUGCUGAUUUAGGAAAAACAGCCCGUGAUGUGUUUAACAAAAAUUAUAAUUUUGGUUUAUUGAAGCUGGAAUGUAAAACCAAAACUGAAAAUGGUGUUGAGUUCACAGCAAGUGGGACUUCUAAUAGCGAUACUGGACGAGUUCAGGGAUCACUUGAAACUAAAUACAAAAUUAGUGAUUAUGGGUUUACCUUGAAAGAGAAGUGGAAUACAGACAAUACACUAGCAACAGAAUUAUCUAUUGAAGAUCAGCUAGUUAAGGGUUUAAAGCUUGGGUUUGAUGGAGUUUUUGUGCCUCAUUCAGGAAAGAAGACAGGGACUCUGAAAACAGCAUACAAGUUAAAAAAUUUUCAUCUAAAUACUGACAUAGAUCUGGAUCUAUUGGGAAUUGUCUUUCAUUGUGCAGGGGUCUUACAUUGUCAUGGUUGGUUGGCUGGUUAUCAGAUGUCUUUUGAUACAACAAAAAGUAUGCUAACCAGAAACAACUUUUCAGUGGGAUACUCAGCCUCUGACUUCACUCUUCACACAAAUGUUAAUGACGGACAGGAGUUUGGAGGUUCUGUCUAUCAGAAAAUAAGUGAUAAACUAGAUACAGCUAUCCAGUUGGCCUGGACUGCUGGCAACAAUGUCUCUCGUUUUGGUAUAGGCUUUACGUACAAAAUAGAUGGCAACACAACUUUCAGGGGUAAAGUGAACAACUCCAGUCAACUGGGAUUAGGCUGUACUCACAAGAUGAGAGAUGGUGUACAACUCACCUUAUCUUGUUUAAUUGAUGGAAAAAACCUAAGUUCUGGAGGUCACAAACUUGGAUUAGGGCUAGACUUGGAAGCAUAGUGCUUGCUUCUUCAAAAUCAUAUUUUCAAGAAUGGUGCUUCAUUUAUGUCAUGCAUUUGAUCAGUUUUUUUUUAAAAGCUGAAGGUGGUAGCUGACCUUGAAUAACUUACACCAUUAUAUUUAUUCACUGUACAAUACUGUUUAAAAAAAAAAAGAUAUUUAAAAGCUUCGAAAUUAUCACUAGUUUUAUACUGCCAUACUGUGAAAUUUGUAUUUAAUAAGGAAUAUUUAAAAAAGUAGACAUUUGUGUAUAAUUAAUAUAAUAUACCAAAAAUUUUCCUUACUAAGCUGUUAACUUGAAAUGUUUAUCACUACUGUAUGUUCCUAUGCUGGAAAUAUAAAAAUAUCAAAACUUG